UGUUGUUGCGUUGGUCGCCAUGCGAUCCAGGUCAAGAACAGCUUGAGCUGCGUUUGAACCACACCACCACACCCUCGUUUCUUCAUCUACCCUUCGCCGUAUUAUGACAGACAUCUCUUCGAUCAGGCCGCAUGCUGAUUCGCAGCUGACAUCAGUUGCGCCGCUGGCGCCCUACUCUCCUGCCCUUGCCAACGGCCACGCUGGCUUCGACACUCAGGAUGUGCAGGAUACACAAGAAAGCUACACCAUCAAGUGCAUCUGCGGCUUCGAGGAUGACGAUGGAAACACCGUGCUCUGCGAAAAAUGCAAUUCGUGGCAGCACAUUGCCUGCUACUACGGCACUGACAAGGUCCCAGAGGUCCACGAAUGUAACGACUGCCUUCCUCGCAAGCUCGAUGCCAGCGCUGCAAGAGACCGUCAAAGAACGAUACGCGAUCCCGGAAAUGCCAAUGACAAGAAGAUCAAGAAACCAGCGUCUAAGAGCCACAAGAAGAAGGGCAAAGAAUCCAUCUCAACAAUACAAAUCAACGGCUGGGCGCACGAUAAGAAUGACCACUUUGUGCAAGACCGUAAAAGUGGAAGCCCCAGAGAUCAACCUCCCACCAAACGGCAGAAAUCGUCCCAUAAACCCUCUCCCUCCGUCCCAUCAUUAAACAAUGCCUCCUCUAUCGCACCGCCAAGGAAACGAGCUGGAUCGACCUUGGUCAACGGCCAAAGUCCCGUCAAGUCGCCUCCAACGCCACAAUCAAACGGUCAUUGUGGAGACUACUUUUCUUCCGAGUUCUUACAACUCUAUCGCGGUGAACCCCAUACUGAGGUGUCAGAAAACCGUUACGAAGACAUUCAGAUGCCGAAAGAUCUGCUCGAAUGGCUCGAAGACCCAGAGACAUUAGCCCAGGUCACUGAUGGAAAGAAACCCCAAGAGGUGUUCCAACGGCUCGAAGCUUCGAUCCAAGAGCUGGACAGUUGCGCACCACGAAUAGACGAACAUUCGCACGAGGAUACUGACACCAAAGUUGAAGGAUCUGGAUUGUGUCCAAUAUGGAGGUGGCUUACGGUCGAGGACCCCGUUGCAGAAGGCCACUACAUUGGUGAGCUUCGGGGCCGAUUAGAGCGCAAAGAGCGAUACAUUUCUGAUCCUUUGAAUCGUUGGCAUACGCUACGGCACCCAGAGCCUUUCGUAUUCAUCCCACCAUACCUUCCUCUCGCCAUCGACACACGCAAAGAAGGAACAAUGAUGCGAUACGUACGACGAAGCUGUGAUCCCAACGUGGAACUUCGAACGUUCAUUGCUGAUCGCAACUACCACUUUUGCUUCAUUUCCCUCCGAGACCUUCAAGCAGGCGAAGUGCUCACUGUCAAAUGGGACCUGGACACUGACAUUGCGCGACGCGUUCAACAGCAAGCCGAGAAUGGUAAUGUUGCUGUGAAUGGCAUUCACAAAAUGGAGGACUUAUCGCGAUGGGCGACUGGUGCUCUCAAGAACUUUGGAGGCUGUGCUUGCGGUCGAGAAGCUGUCGAUUGCUUGUUGGAGCGGGCGCAUCGCACUGACGGCCAGUAUGCGGUGUUGGACACUUCUGGCCGCAGAAAGCCGAAGAAAGGCAGGAAGCAGCAGAUCUCUCCUAUCAGCACUGGUCAUGCGACGAACAGUCGAGCUGGCUCCGAGGCAAUACACCGCAUGGAUCUUGACGACGACAAUGCAGAUACCCGGUCUACAUACAGCUCAUCCCGAAGCAAACCGGCCAGUCGUGACAACACACCCAUGACUGCGCACUCCUUGGCCGAUGGCAAUGCGGAGCCAACAGACCGCGAGACCAGAAAAAUGCUUGCACUCAUCAGGUCCUCUGAACAGCAUGAAUCGGAACAAAAUCAUGGCAACAAGCGGAAAAAGAGGAACAGCGGUGGGUCAACACUAAAUACACCCAGCGUUUCCUCAUCGAAACAAAUCGGCCAGCAUGAACCGUCUCCUCCCACUCGUCGCCCUGUCGCGAGCCGAAAAGUACCAAAGAAACCUGCCGCCCUGCGUGUGAAGCCCCGCCCGCCAUACCAUGAUCAAGAGGUGCAAACAGACGAGAUAAUGUCUCAACGUCCAUCAGUGGUCUUUAAGCCUUUUAUCUCUCCAGCUCGAGCUCAACUGACAAGGGCAAGAGAGGAACGGUUACGAAGAGAGGAAUUGGAGAAGCGCCGCGCUGCAUCUAUGAGCAAAUCUGUUCCGCCCUCACCAGGAUCUGCGAGUUCCAAUAGCAAGGCUGCUUCAUCCCCAGUCCAAGACUCGAAAUCGUCUACCACUUCAGCAGGACCAGACGCUGAGGUGCAAGACACUGAGAUGAAGGACGCCGACGCCGACGCCGACGCCGAGAACCAACCGAUUCCAGUGGAGGCGGGUUCCCUUCAUGAUACUCAUGAUCAUCAGAUGGAGACAGCCCCGGAACCGCAAGCUGCUCAUCCUCAAAUACAGCCGCCGCCGCCACCAUGGGAACCAAAAUUGGAGGAUUCAGUCGAUGAAUCAAAGCCUCUCGCAUCAUCUCAAAGGCCGUCGUCCGACUUACACGUCGAGCUUCCCACACCAGAGAUUUCACCUCAACCUAUAACAACCGCUCCACUCACCGCUACGCCUGCGUCUCUUGCUCCUCCCACGGGUCCGGUAUCUUCUCAGUCACCAUCAGCGCCGAGCCAGCCACCUGUCCUCUCGCCUUCUGUCAGUAAUGCUGUUGCUCCCAGUCCUGCGCGAAAGAAGCUCAGUCUUAGCGACUACACGAGCCGUAAAGCCAAGGCGCAGGCAGCCGUUGUCGCUAACAAGAUCCCUGAGCUACCAUCGUCACAGUCAGAGAACGCUGUCGAGUCUUCGUCGCUUUCUCCUGCCACUACGGAGCCCUGCAAAGACGUUGAAAUGAAGGACGUGGCAGCAUCACCGUCUGAACCCGCUUCGACUGAUAUGGCACCACCCAAGGCUCCAGCGUCUCAUCCUCCCCCACCUCUGUUUUCCGGAUAACGCUUUCCACAUUGGUGCAUGAGAUGUUCUCUUUCGCUUACGACCACACGCUUCGAUGUAAAAAUAGUAAUAUUUAUCGACUGGACGCGCACCAUUUCCGUGUGCUACGCUUGAUGCCCCCGCUCAAUAUUUCUU